AUGAGUUUCAUUAUACCAAUUUCAUUAGCAUUUUGUUUUACAUCAAUAACAUUUUCAAUAAUCACUUCGCAUUAUUCCAAAAAAUACGAUAAAUUAUUAAUUGAUUAUAACGAUGAUAAUUUAUCAUUAUCAAUAAACCCCAAGAUUUUAUCGAUAAUUACACUAAAAAGUGACAAUAAAAGAAAAGAUAAAAACAUAGUUAAUAUUUUUGUUGAUACUAUUAAAGAAAAUGGAAAAAGUCAUAAAAUUAGAUAUACGUUGGAGAAGAAUGAUUAUUUGCCAUAUAUUUGGUUUUUAAUUGAUAAUUAUAAUAAUGAGAAUAAUGAAGAUAAUACUGAAAAUAAUAUUGAAAAUAAGAAAAUAAUUGCUGUUAUUAAUUUUAAGAGUAAUAAGAAUAAAGAUAUAGUUUCAAUUAUUUUUGAUAAGAAGUAUUCUAAUGAAAAUGAGUACUAUAAUUUUAUGAAUAAUAAUACUGAAGAUAAUACUGAUAAUAACGAAAAAAACUUUUGUGUAAUGAAGUUCAAAGAGGCUAAGACACAUUUGAAUGAUUAUAUUAAAUUUCGAAAGAUUUUUACAAGUGAUACUAAUGAUGGUAUUAAUGAUAAUGGUAUUAAUGAUAAUAAUAAUAAAAAUAAAAAUAAAAGUAAAAGAUGUUUUAAUGAUAACUAUGAGUAUAGAUGGAUGAAUAAUAGCAAAUAUUUAGAAAAAUAUUCCAAUGAAUUUGAGAAUUUGUUUGAGGAUAAUGAAUACAAUUAUAAGUUAAAACAAUCAAGAAAUUUAAGAAAAUUUUUUGAAAAAAAGAAAAACAAUAUGGAAAAGGAAAACAACAGUACUAAAGAUAUUAUUAUCCAUGAGAGAGUCGCAUUGGCUAUAAACUUCUUGAGUAAAGAAGAUGUUGAUGGAAUUGGUACAGCGAAAAAAGUCAUGAUGAAUAAAAAAAAAGAUAAAAGAAAGAUCAAGAUCAAGAAAAAGAAAAAGAAGAAAAAUACAAAUUGCCAAAAUGUAAAAAAUAGAAAGGGAUUUCUAGAUAAUAGAAAUAAAUGGAAAAAUCUCCUUCAUUUUAAAGUGAUUUUUAAUUCUAAUAAAAUUGAUAUAAUCGAAUUGAUUAUAAGUUGUUUUAUUUCAAUUAUUAGAGAUUGGAGAAGAAGAAAUAAAAUUGACUCGAAAAGAAAUUUAAUAUUAAAAAAUAGAAUAAAAGAAUGGGAGGCAAUGAAUUAUUUUGUGAAUUAUAAAGAAAAUGCUAGAUUAAAUGAUAGCGAUAAUAGAGAAAUUAUAAGGGUCACUGCUGAUAAUAGCAGACAAAUUGAGUAUCUCAAUCCAGUGAAAAGAAAUGCUGUAAAAGUAGAUGGAGAUACGAACAAUGGAAGCACAGCAGCCGAAACAACCUUCAAACUGCACAAAAAAAAGAUAAACGAUCUCUUGUUUCGACACUACGGAAGCAGCAGCAAUUCUAACGAGAAAAAAGUUCUGCGAAGAAGACUCAGAGCACUAAUCAGCAGCAGAAGCAGGACCGGCGGAUGCGUAGGGGUCUAG